AUGCGCACUCUAAACACCAUCAACUCGUCAUCCUCUCGUCCUACAUCGCCUGGCCUCGCUGUCUCCCAGCCUCAACCUCAUACUCGCCGUUCCGCUGCCUCGCCAAACGAUAAACUCGUCACCUCCUCUAAACCUCUCCCAAAGAUCAGAUCUCGGACCCCUACUUCACUCCAGGUUCAGGCUCGUCCCCGAUUUCCCUCGGCUGGUGACAAUCGCACGUCGCCAUCCCUUGGCUUCCACGACACAAAUAAACAACAUGUACUUUCAGUAACCGCCACAAUUCCCUCGACCCGUUCAACCUCGUCGAGUUCCGCACCUCCUACCUCGAAAAUGGCCCCAGGCGAAACGAGACAUAGGCCCCCGCAGCUCAGUGCUGCUGCAGCAAAGACCGCCGGCCGGACGCCCCUGACACCCAAGAUUGCCUCGACGCCAAAGGGUCCUGCAAUAGGUGCACCUUCUCUUGUUCGUAGAUCGACACAAGGGCUUUCCACUGGCACACCUUACCGAGACGACAAUGCUGUUACCCCCCGGUCCGGCAGUCGACAGGGCGGUCGAAAUAAUAGCAAUAGUUCCACUCCAGGCGGAACACCAAAUUUGGACCGAGAUGGAUGGGAUCCUCGAGCCUCGUCGUCCUCUGCAGGCAGACAGUCAUUGCCUCGAGCAGAAUCGCCAGCUGACCCAGAUGCUAAAUUCUUUCGUGCUAGCGAUGGCCCCGUUCCAUCACAGACAUCCAGUCGUCCGUCGUUAGGCUCUCAAAAAGCGAGUACAUCGUUCUUUCAUGCCAGCAAAGUCAGCACCGAGCUCAAAAGAGCCAACACUCCUUCGGUUGCUGCACCUGAGCCUCCAUCUUCCAAGUUCUUUUAUGCAAAUGGUGUCGAUCUGGAUCUCAAACCUAACUCAGCCAACUCCUCCAGCUCCCGACUCCAGUCAAAACGUCCAAGCACCAGCAGCUCAGCAAACGAACCCUCAAAUCCCUCAUUGCCUUCGAGGCCACAUUCUCCAAUGAAAUUAGCCCAACCGGCUCCUUCAAUACUCAGAAAUAAUGGUCUAACCAACAGACCGCAAGUAGCGUCACCGCCUCAGAUAGCUUCUCCACCGCCUUUAGCUCCGGCAGCGUCUAUCGUUGCCAAGAGGAGGGUCAGCAUUGAGUCGGCCCCAAAAAAGCAAAGAGGCCAUGCAAGAACUGGUAGUGUUCCCAGUUUCGACCACUCUCACUCGCCUAGACUGCCUAUGUCGCCGGGCCGGCGACCCCUCGAAUAUGGCUCGCCUCCCAGCAGCCCUGGCACGACACAGCCGGCUUUGACCAUGGCCUCAAUUCUUCAGAUUGCCGAAGAUUUUGAUGACGAAGAAGAGGAGGAGGAGGCGGAAUCCAAGGACGAAGGAGCCCAGCCUGAUGUGCAGAGUCCUACGAAAUCCAGCCAUGGGGAGCCUGUGAAUGAUCUUGUCGCCAAUGCUCGAAGAGAACGAAAGGUGCAAGAUCUGGAAAUCACUAAUGCCUCCCUUGAAGCUAUAAAUCGAACAUUGGAAAGACAAUUACGGAAACAGCAGGCUGAAAUCCGCAGAUUUCGCCGACUGUCCAGAUCAGGCCGGCUAUCUGCAGUUGCUUCAGCGGCCUCUAGCCGAGUGCCCUCUGCGGCGCUUGCAGAUAUUCCCAUUAGUCUCUCGGAUCUUAGCGAAGAAGACGAUUCGGCACCACCUUCAGAAGAUGAAGAGCAUGACUCGCUGGACGAAUCUGACGCGUCAAUGACCGACUCAGUCUCAGCUUACGAUGCUAUCGACCCUAACGACGAGAAGGCAAUUGAGAAGGCCAUGUCGCGACGGAAACGUGACGAAGACCGCCUGCAGCUCGACUUGUCUAAGCACCGCGAGUCUCUUGUCGGUAGCCAGAAGAUCAACCAGAGCAUUAAGAGAUGUCUCAACUGGACCGAAGUUCUCAUCAAGGAGGGUCAGAAAGCACUGGAGUAUAAGGUCCGCGUCACAGAUGUUGAGUUUGGCGGCCAAAUACUGGCUCCAGCUGGAGGAGUGGAAGAUGAAGAUGAAGAAGAUGAAGAAAACGAAGAAGAUGGUUUAUCUGGCGUUGAUGAUCUUGAGACUGAUCCUGGCAGUGCGGUGCUUGAGCCCCCUCUGCCUUGGGAGAAGGGCUCCCAGGAUCGUGAUAGUGGCAUUGAAUUGCAACCGGACAGCAACUGA